CGGGACCCGGCCCCUCCUCUAGGACAUCCUGUUGGGCCGGAAGUGAGGGAGCCCCUACUCCUCGUGUCUUAGGUUUGCAGGCGGCGGUAGGGUCUCAAGUGUCUCUGGACUACAUUGGUUCUCGGAAAGAACAGCCCCGGAAAGGGCGGGCUUUGUGAAGAUGGCGGCGCUGGAGGUGCUGGAGUCAGACCUGACAAGUGCCGUAACACUUCUGAAAAACCUACAGGAACAGGUGAUGGCUGUAACUGCACAAGUGCAAGCUCUGACAAAAAAAGUUCAAGCUAGAGCUUAUCCUACAGAGAAGGGUCUCAGCCUCUUGGAAGUGAAAGACCAGCUGCUGCUCAUGUACCUUAUGGAUCUGAGCCAUCUCAUCCUGGACAAAGCCUCAGGAGGGUCUCUACAGGGACACACUGCCGUUUUGAGACUGGUGGAGAUUCGCACGGUUUUGGAAAAGCUUCGUCCGUUGGACCAAAAACUGAAGUAUCAAAUUGAUAAACUGGUCAAGACUGCAGUGACAGGCAGCCUCAGUGAGAAUGACCCACUUCGUUUUAAGCCUCAUCCCAGCAGUAUGAGGAGCAAGUUGAACUCUGAGGAUGAGGAGGAAGAUGAAGUGGAGGAAGGCCAAUCUGAGGCUUCAGGGAAUAAAUCUCUAAAAGCAGUGAAGAAGUAUGUUCCACCACGCUUGGUUCCAGUACAUUAUGAUGAAACAGAAGCUGAGCGGGAGAAGAAGCGCCUAGAACGGGCCAAGAGACGAGCGCUGAGCAGCUCUGUCAUCCGUGAACUGAAGGAGCAGUACUCAGAUGCACCAGAGGAAAUCCGGGCUGCUCGACAUCCUCAUGUCACUCGCCAGAGUCAAGAGGACCAACAUAGGAUUAACUAUGAGGAGAGCAUGAUGGUGCGCUUAAGUGUCAGUAAGCGAGAAAAAGGACGGCGAAAACGAGCAAAUGUCAUGAGCUCACAGCUUCAUUCACUCACGCACUUCAGUGACAUCAGUGCUUUGACAGGAGGAACCCCUCAUCCUGAGGAGGAUCAGAAUCCUAUUAAGAAGCACAAGAAGAUACUUAAGAAAGGUCGGAAGAGGAAAGCUCCAUCGGCUGCCAACCUAGGGCCAUCGCCUGCCUCCAUCACCCCUCCGCCCGCCUGCCCGCCUGCCUACCCACUCAGUCCCAAAUGGGUGCUGGAUCAGGUGGCCACCUGGAUCGAAUCUGGCCGCCUCCUCGGACAUGGGGAUUGGAGCAACGGGCUGAGAAAGGCUGAGGACACAAAGGAGCAAACGCACCAUUGCCAGGACCCCAAGGAAGAGGGUGGAGAGCGCUGUCAUCCUGCCUGGCUUCCAACUGGUGUCCUGCUGAAGGUGGUCAGAUCUUCUUGCCUGGAACAGCCAACAUAAGCAGGAGACACAGUUAGAUCUGCAAUAUGUUGGAGGUGGGGGUGAUGCCAGGAUAACGAAGAUGACAAAUCCAAGGCGGCCGGAGAUGGCACUGAGGUAUCGUGGGACAGAAUUUGGUCAGAAGAGAUAAAGCCUUGGAUCGGGUCAAAGCCAUGUUGGAUAUGAAGGACAGUGAGGUGUGCAGGGGAUGAGACAGCCAAGAAACAGUUUGAGUAAGCUGCUGAUUGUCACACAGCUCUAAGAGGACUAGGAAGACCAAAGCCUCAGAUGCUCUCUUCUCAGCUUCUUCUUCCCAGGAUUGGAAAAAGGCACAGCAGAGUCCCACCUAGAAACCAAAGCAUCUUAGCUUGUGGGUGAGACCCGGAUUGCCAAGGGCAGGAAAAGAUGAUGGGCUUUUGGAUUCAUACAGACCCAGGCCAAUUCCCCACUCGCUAGCUGUGCAACUUUGGUAAAUGACCUGGGGUGUUUUGCUGAAACCCUAUUUCUUCAUAUGAAAUGAGAAAGAGUUCCUCACAGAGUUGUAUCGAAACGAUCAUUAUUGAGACUUGUACUUUGAAUGUGAUCAAUAAAUGGAAAAGAUAAUUAUU